AUGUAUUCAGAAGACAGGCUUUGCGAAAGCGGUUGGACUAGAUUUGUUCGCACAAUUGGGCCGGUCUGUAUCAAAGUAUUCACUGUUGAUAAGCCAAUAAUUUUCGAUCAAGCCAAAAGUUUUUGCGAGCUCGAAGGAGCUUUGCUCGGUGGAAUCGAAAACGAGCAAGAGCACACAUUUGUUAGAGACGAAGCUGCAGUUCAAAAUGCAGUAAUUUCCAAUUACCGCAAUGGAGUUUGGCUUGCCGGCGUUCGUUUAGAUUCGUGUCGCGGAUCGGACUGGGCCUCUAAACCAGGAUGCCGUGAGCAAUCAUUUAAAUGGACAGACCCAUACGUUACCGGAAUAAAUGGUUUUUAUUUUUACCCGGAACGACCAGAUGGAGUUAUGAUAUCUGGUGUCCAACAAAACUGUCUGGUUAUGUACACGACGAUCAAUGAGAUUGCGUAUCAUGGGUUAAUGGAUGAUCAUUUUUGCGAUGCUUAUUGCCCAGAUGUCGAUGUACAAUGUGGUAUUAAUAUGAUAUCCUACAUUUGUGUUAAAACAGCUGGAUGA